GUGUACUUCCGGAAAUGGAUCUUACUUGCAUAUUCCAUAUACUUUAAAUGAUUAUGAAGACUAAAUAUAGAUAGGAAACAAGGAUAGCUCGGGAUGAUGACGUGCAUCAACAUUUAUCAUUCAGCAGAAUCAUUAUGAUCAGCGCCACCAUUUAUCGAGAUGAUGUAUACUUAACAGCUCAACAUCAAUUACGGGGUUAAUCUGUAGGCACUGAACUGUACUAGAACAGCAGAGCUCAAAUACUCUAUAUUUCAGGAUAUCCAACAAAUUGAGGCAUGGCCAGAAUUCAAUGGAAAAUCCGUGAACUUCCAUGGAGACUCAAAAUGAUCAUGGGCACAUUCAUUUCCUGGAUAAAGCUUCUCCAUAUGACACUGUAUUACAACCACUUUACAUCGUUUUCAGUAGCUCUGGAAACUUCUCUAGAACCUGUAUUCUGGUUUGUGGAUAAAUUUGCCAAAUAUUUAGGACCAAUUUUUAUGACAAUGGUGAUAUUCCUGACAACAUCUGUGGUGGCAAUAUUUUAUACAUGUUUGCUUCCUCAUGUGUAUGCCCAGAGUACGAGCCGCACCAUUUUCCACCUGGUGUUCGGUCACUGGCUGCUGAUCAACAUUGUCUUUAACUACAUCAUGGCUGCUUUCACAAACCCCGGAACUCCUCCAAUAGAAAUUCCUGAGACAGUUUCUAUAUGCAGGAAAUGCAUUGCUCCCAAACCUCCACGGACACAUCACUGCAGCGUUUGUGAUAAGUGUAUACUCAAGAUGGAUCAUCAUUGUCCCUGGCUGAACAAUUGUGUUGGAUUUUACACACAUCGUUUCUUCUUCCUCUUCUGUUGUUACAUGUUCUGUGGGGCGCUUUACGUCUGUUUCACUGGAUACGAUGUGUUUACUGAACACUUCUAUGGUAAAACGCCCUAUCCAUUCCCAGCUGUGCUGUACCCUUUGAACUUAGCCUAUGAUGUCAUUAACAAAACAUUAACAUCAACAACUCCAAUGGCUCACAGUAACUAUAACCUAGAGGUCACCCAUGAGCGUCAGAACUACCACUUGGCGGUCAUCUUUGAAUUUCUGGUGUGUUCUGCUGUGGCUAUAGCAAUCCUCGGACUCAUCCUGUGGCAUUUCCGGAUGAUAAGUCGUGGGGAAACCAACAUAGAGAUACAUAUCAACAAGAAAGAAAGAGAGCGGCUCAAAAAGCAAGGAAUUGCAUUUAGAAAUCCAUAUGAUUUUGGUUUUGUUGAAAAUUGGAGGAUUUUCUUUGGAAUAGAAAAAGGAACAGGCAGGUCCUUUGUGAGACAUAUACUUUUCCCCUCCAGUCAUCAACCGACAGGUGAUGGCUUGACAUGGCCCCACGAGAUUUACCGGGGUGACCGGGUCCUCCAACUUUUAUGACAUAAACUUGACUGAGGCUUCCUUCACAUUCAUUAUGUUUACCAAGAUUAACAGCAAUCAUCACUCUGUAAUUUAGUCGGUUAUCCAUUGAUUUGUUCUGCUCAAAUACAUGACCUAAAAUUUUAAAAGUUAAAGAAACAAUCUCUGCAUUAUCUCUGGUCUUUACAGCACGUUUGCAUUAAAAAUCUUAAAUGUUUUCCAGCCAGUUUAUUUAUAAUUUUGGGCCAUUUAUGAAUUAAGAGGAAAUAAUAAAAAAAAAAAAAAGAUUCAGCAUAUGGGAGAAAGUAACAGGAUUACUGUUUUUAGGUUUCUAUAAAUAAUAAUUGUAUGAAAUUUUCCUAACAAAAUAAUGUUUCUUUAGAAUAACUUGACAUUUAGUUAGAUAGCAGACUUGAAAGAUUACUUAUCCUAGGUGAUGAUUGCAUCGUUUGGUUUGAGUGGAAUAUGUGGGAUGCCCUCAGUCAGUUUAUAAUUAUUUAUUGAGAGUGUGUAUGGGUUUGUUAAGGACCAAGAUAUAAUUGAUUAUAUGUAUUUGAUAUGAAAUGUUGUGAAAUCAUUUGUGUCCAUGUGUUAGUGAAAAAUAAAUGUCUUUCUAUUGAACAUUAUUUACAUGACAUUUGAAAUACUUAAAAUUUACAUUAAAUGUGAAAUGCUUUACAGAUGAAAAUUGUACAUCACCUCACCAUUUUUCUAUAAAUGUUAUGUUAUCCUUUGACCUUAGCACUACAGAGUUGAUAGGGAGUUGGUCUGCUUAAAAAGACUUAUAGAAUCUUUCUCUACCUUGAGAGUGAGAAAUCUCCAACCUGUGGGGAGAUCAUCUUGGCUGUUUAAGGUUAGACAAUCAGGGAUGUUACCUCGAGGGUUAGAUACUCGCUCUGUCAUGCCUUAAUGUAGGGGAUGAUUUUCUCCCAUGAGACUAUUUUUGAUUUAAGAAGUGCCAUUGUAUUGUUGCCAGCACAUAUUAUCUGUCAUACAAUAAGGUGUUACAGAAAUCAUAAGUUAGGGUUUGACAGAGAAAUCACAUGUUAGGGGGUUAAAGAAAUCAUACGUUAGUGGCUGACAGAGAAAUCACACAUAUGGGUUUGACAGAGAAAUCACAUGUUAGGGGCUGACAGAGAAAUCACACGUAUGGGUUUGACAGAGAAAUCGCAUGUUAGGGGACGAAAGAGAAAUCACAUGUAAGGGGGCGACGGAGAAAUCGCAUGUUAGGGGGUAACAGAGAUUUCGCAUGUUAGGGGGCGACAGAGAAAUCACAUGUUAGGAGGUGACAGAGAAAUCACAUGUUAGGGGGUGACAGAGAAAUCACACAUUAGGCGGUGACAGAGA